GGCGGAGGGAAAGGCGAAAGCAAAUAAAGAACGAGAGAAAGGGACAGUGAGAGAGAGACAGGGCAGAGGCGAAAGAAACUAAGGUGGAGGAGAGGAGAACGCAGAUAUGGCCGCCGCGGGUCUCUAUCGACGAAAACUCCCUUCUCCGCCGGCGAUCGAGUUCGCCUCCCCGGAAGGAAAGAGAUUAUUCACUGAAGCUUAUCAAAGUGGGACACUGGAGGGGUUCUUCAAGUUAAUUUCUCACUUCCAAACACAAUCAGAGCCUGCAUACUGCGGAUUGGCCACUUUGGCUAUGGUCUUGAAUGCUCUGGCAAUAGACCCGGGGAGAAAGUGGAAAGGUCCUUGGAGAUGGUAUGAUGAGUCCAUGUUGGACUGUUGUGAACCUUUGGAGAAAAUUAAAGCUGAAGGUAUCACAUUCGGGACAGUUGCUUGCUUGGCUCAGUGUGCUGGAGCUGAGGUUAAAGCUUUUCGGACAAACCAAAGCACCAUUGAUGAUUUUCGUGCUCAUGUUAUUAAGUGCACCUCCUCGGAAGAUUGUCACUUGAUAGUAUCAUAUCACAGGAAACCUUUCAACCAGACAGGAACUGGCCAUUUUUCACCAAUUGGUGGAUAUAAUGCAGAAAGUGAUAUGGCACUUAUUUUGGAUGUAGCUCGUUUUAAAUAUCCUCCUCAUUGGGUUCCACUUGCUCUUCUUUGGGAAGCCAUGGAUACGAUUGAUAAAACAACUGGGCGUCCUAGGGGGUUUAUGCUUAUUUCAAUCCAUCAGAAAGUGCCAUCCUUGCUUUAUACACUGAGCUGCAGAGAUGAGAGAUGGGUGACCAUGGCAAAAUACUUGAUGGAUGAAGUACCUAUACUCUUGAAGUCUGAGGACCUAAAAAGUGUUCCCCAGGUUCUUUUUAUUCUGUUGGACUCCUUACCUGCAUGUGCUGGAUAUUUCAUCAAAUGGGUUUUAGAAGUUAGGCGACAAGAGGAAAAUGGAUCUAGCUUAAGUAAAGAGGAGAAAGAGCGGCUUGCUGCGAAGGAAGAGAUACUGCAACAAGUUCAUGAGACUGAGCUAUUUAAAUGUGUAACAGACUUGUUAUCUUCUUCAAACUCAAAUCACAAACUAGAAGAAAAGCAUUUGUUAUCAGAGAUUGCAGCUAAUGUCUGUUGUCAAGGAGCAGCACUAUUAUCAGAACUAACAUCUAGUUCAGGAAUUUGCAGCAGAACAUGUAUUAAAUGCUUCAAAGUUAAUGAUGACAAAUCUACAACUGUUGUCUCUGGGACAGUAGUUUCAGGUGGCAAUCAACAUGAGGUUGAUAUGCUAGUACCUGUGUCAAAAGCAACAACAGGGUGCUGUUGCAAUUCCACACUGAAUAAUUGCACUGUGAUGCACCCUGCAAGCACUGAUGUUUUAACUGUUCUAUUGUUGGCUUUACCUCCGACUACCUGGUUGGAUAUUAAAGAUAAGAGCUUGUUGUCUGAAAUUCAAUGCCUUGUUUUAACAGAAAAUCUUCCUGAUGCUCUUCAACAAGAGGUUUUACUCUUACGGAGACAACUUCAUUAUCUGAAAAGGUGCAAAGACAAGGAAGUAGAUGAUGAUUCUACAUUGUGUUGGUUCACUUGAUAUGACAAUUUUGAGUCUGCCUUUUAAAAAUAGAAGAUAUAGAACUUUAUACAGGAGGGGGAACUUUUCUUGACAAUUCAUUGCUCGUACUAUGAUUAGUGAUAGUGCCUUAAUACAGCAUAGUGACAGGACAAGAUCCAUACAAUAGUUGGAACUCUGCUAUUGUAUUCGUUCACAAUAACACAAUUGGACAUUGUGUUCGUUCACUUGAUAUGAUAAUUUUGAGUCUUCCUUUUCAAAUAGAAGAUAUAGAACCUUAUGCGGGAGGUGGAAAUUUUCUUGACAAUUCAUUGCUCGUACUAUGAUCAGUGACAGUGCCUUAAUACAGCAUAAUGACAGGACAAGAUCCAUACAAUAGUUGGAAUCUUAAGACUCUGCUAUUGUAUUGUACCCAUUUGUCCUCUUUAAAGAUUUUGUUGAGUGCUGUUCUGAGCAUUAUUAAGGGACAAUAUCCAUACAAUAGUUGGAAUCUUAAGACUCUGCUAUUGUAUUGUGCCCAUUUGUCCUCUUUAAAGAUUUUGUUGAGUGCUGUUCUGAGCAUUAUUAAGGGGCAAUAUAGCUGUUAACCCCGAAGGCUCUUUCUUUUCUCUUUUGCUAACAAACUAUAGACUCUAUAAUCAUUUGGAGAAGCUGCAUUAGUUAUUUUCCCUGCUUAAAUUAGCUUACUCUUAUGUGUUUUUUUAGGCUAAAGUUGACAUGGGAGGAAUUAAUUCCUGUCACAGAUUAUUUGGCAGAAUACUCCAAUUUAUACAGAUAAUAGCUGUGACCAUCAGCAAGUGACAUUUUUAAUAGAAUGUAUACAAGAUUCAGUA